AUGACCGCUGGUUUGAUAAUUGGAAAGCGCGGGGAAAACAUAAAGAAACUCCGCGAUGAGUAUUCUGUCACCAUUAAUAUCCCUGAUAGCAACGGACCCGAAAGAAUCCUGAUUCUGGAGGGUGAUGUUAAUUCGGUUAUGGAAAUCAUGGCCAAUACCCUGAAUCGGCAAUCUAUGUUGAAAACUCUCAAAGUCUACCAAAUGCUGUGUCCCGAUUCUACUGACCGUAUUGUUCAAUUGGUCGGUAGUGUCUCGCAUGUUAUAAGCUGUCUUCAAGCUAUUUGCGAGUUGCUCGAAGGGGCUCCAGCCAAAGGUCCAAGACAAAAUUACGAUGCACGUAGCUUUAAUGAGGCGAUGGCUAUGCAAUACGGCGGCUGGUGUGGCAUGGGUAUCAACUCUUCAAAUAGUUCUUAUGGUAAUCGUCGAAGCAAUUUUACUAACAAUAAUUACCCGCAAAACUCAAUGAUUGCUGCUAGCUUGUUCACUGGUGGUGCUACACCACGCAGUGUAACCCAAGCCGCGGUUGUUAGCCAAGCCAUUGCUUCCGGAUUACCACCCGCUGCCGCUAUGCUGGCUGCUACUGGUGGCCAAAAUCAUCCCGGGGGAACGACUUCUGGCCCCGCCGGUGAUGCCGCUACCGCUGCUGCAAUGAUGGCUGGAAUGAUGCGUGGAAUUCCCGGCGCUGCGGUUGGGAUGAACCUCAUUCCUCCCCCUAGCACUACUCAAGUCUCUGUGAGCAAUAAGAUGAUUGGUGCAAUUAUGGGUCGCGGUGGGACUCGUAUUAAUCAAGUACGAAAGGAGUCUGGAGCUGACAUCAAGAUAAGUUCUCAGGAUCAAAGCGUUGAGGACAGAAUUAUUACCAUUUCUGGCACUCCAGAGCAAAUCCAGAGUGCCCAGUUUUAUCUGCAGCUUUGUGUGAAACGUUUCGGCGAACAAAGUUAA